AGGGGCUACAUGUCCAGCCAGACCAAGAACGUGGUCAGCGGCGUGCUGUUCGGCACGGGCCUGUGGGUGGCCCUCAUCGUGACCAUGCGCUACUCCCUGAAGGUGCUGCUGUCCUACCACGGCUGGAUGUUCGCCGAGCACGGCAAGAUGAGCCGCGCCACCCGCGUCUGGAUGUGCAUGGUCAAGGUCUUCUCUGGCCGGAAGCCCAUGCUGUACAGCUUCCAGACGUCGCUGCCGCGCCUGCCCGUGCCCCCCGUGAAGGACACCGUGAACAGGUACCUGGAGUCCGUGCAGCCGCUCAUGAAGGAAGCCGACUUCAAGCGGAUGACGGCCCUCGCGGAAGACUUUGCCGUCAACCUCGGACCCAAACUACAGUGGUAUCUGAAGUUAAAGUCCUGGUGGGCCACGAAUUACGUAAGUAUAGCUACAAGCCGCCUCUCUGGGUGGGGGUCUUUGUUCUGCACUCUUUUGGGUGGACUCUGCCAGUCCUGUCCACGGCCAGGCAGCUGAAAAGGG